GUCAGGAUCUAGGAUGAUCUAGGGGUGCAGCAGUCAAAGAAACUGCUAUGCUCCCUGACCUAUCCGCGCGGACCCAAAGAACACCCAGGACCCCGCGUCAGAAUGGUCCGCUGGAUAUCUUUGAGCAUAGCCUUCAGCCAAAGAGCGUGCAGCGUGCCAAGCUGAAGACUCCCGGCUCCUUGGAGUCCUGGCUGGACACGGCCCUUGGCCAGCAGAAUCUGCAAAGCCGCGGGCCCUGCCCGGAGCGGCUCAAAGUCUUCCGGGAGGUCCUAGCGUGGCUUUGUGACCUGCUGCCAUCCUACCGCCUGCUGCUGCUGGGGGCGUUGGAGGAGGUCGAUGCGGCGCUGAGGCGCCUGGAGGAGUUGCCGCAGGAGCUGCAUAAGCUGCGGAGCCAAAACCGCACGCUCAGCGGGCAGCUACAAGCCCUGGAGGGUCUCUCCAGGAUGCAGCUGGAGGAAGCCUGGUCUGCUGCGCAAAAGGCGCGGCGUGACGAUGACCGGCUGCAGUUCGAAAGGAGGGAGACCCAGAAGGAGGCAAGGAGGAGCCUGAAAGAGACAGAACGAAAGCAGUUGCAGCUUCAACAGGACCAGCUGCAGGAGCUGCGGAAGCUCGCGGAAGAGAGAAGCGCGGCCCUGGAGGAGCUCCAGCUGCAGAGCCAACAGGUGAAGGUGGAGAAGUGCCACUUGCAGCUGCAGGUGGACAGGUUGAUGGCUGAGAGACAGCCACUGGAGCAAGGGCUGGAGACGCUGCGCCAAGAGAACACCCAGCUGCAGCUGGAGAUUUCUCGGCUGACGCUGCAGCUGGCCCAAGACAGCGACCCGUCGCCACCGCGGGCCAGCAGCAAGAAGCACGCGGAGGUCCAACCCGAAGUGCCCGAGGCGAAGCGGGAAAAGCCGCCAGAGAGUCUGGGAAGAGUGCCGACGGUACGAGCGAAUAGCAAGAAGCUGGAGAUCAUGCCUGAGCUGCCCGAGGCAGCACCCAUUCAGCUGGAAGAGGGAGAGGUGAUUGGCAGUCUUUCCAGGCGUCUAUCCAGGUCAGGCGCCCUGUCUCAGCCCGCCUCCUUCUUCGCGUCGCUGAAGAGGGACCCAAGUGUAGCUGCGGAGGAGACCGACCUGGUGCCGGACCGGCCCGAGGGCAUGGCUUCUGGGGCCAGUGAGGCGAUGCGGCGCAGGCAGUGGGAAACUCCGCAGAACUGGACCUUGAGUAUUGACGAGUGGGACCGAGUGCUCGCCUUCUGUCAGGAGCAGGACGCGUACCUCGUCUUCAAAAGCCAUGGCAAGAAGUACGUCAACAUGUACGACUUGAACCAGGAGUACGUCAAGCCUUGGACAAGAGGAGAAGGAUGUGGCGUGGCAGUGAUGAUGAGCCAACACCGCGAGGACUCGGCGCAGCUCAUGCUGUCACAUGCCUGGGCAGAAGAUGUGGAGGAAUGUCAGUCCGCCGUCAUGGAGCACGUGCGAAGGGCAAAUGUGCCAAGAUCCGCUGCUCUCUGGUUUUGCCUCUUUGCGAACUACCAGGUGGGGGACGAGUAUGGCCCCAGCAUUGAAGCUCAGUUGAGCUUAAAGCCCUUUGCCAGCGUCAUCUCCGCCGCCAGCCUCCAACGAGGACGAGGUUACGGCCUCCACGCCAUCCACACGUCCACCGCAGACCUGUACAAGCGCCUGUGGUGCGUCCAUGAGGUGGAGAGAGCCCUGAAGGGCAACGUGGACGUGAGCACGUCUAUGUCCGACCUCUACAAGGAGCAAACUCUUCAACGCCUCGAGUUCUUCCUGGGCGACUCCUGCAAGAACAGCACGUGGGAGGAUUGCAUGUGGGCCGCCAAUGUGAAGGUGAAGACCAUCCAAGCGAGGUGCGAUCGCAUGGAAGACGAGAAGAUGCUGAUCAGCGAGAUCAUGGCAACUGGUGGCUUCGAGCGCAUCGACGCCACCAUCGAGCGCUUCCGUGCCCAAACCUUCGGGGAGAACUACGACCUCAUGCUGAAGGCGGUGGGCCGUCACGGCCAGGCGUUGAAGUUCGCCAGCUUCGAGCUUCUGGAGCGGAAGCUGAUCCACAACUUGGUGCGCACUGCGGUGCGGAGCUCUGGGCUGUCGCUGAUGCACGCGCCGCCGGAGCUGCGCAAGGAGAAGGAGCUGGUCAUGGAGGCAGUGAGGCAGAAUGGCAUGGCCCUCCAAUUUGCCGCAGAGGAGCUGCGGGUGGAUCCGGAGGUGGUGCGGGAGGCUGUGAGCCAGGAGGGCCUCGCCUUGGAGUUCGCAGCCGGCUCUGCGUUGGAAGAUGGGGAUGUGAUCCUCGCGGCGGUUGCGCAGAACGGGGAAGCCUUCAAACUGGCGCCAGAGAGCAUGAGGACGAACCGCAGCAUCGUGGAACGGGCCGUGCAGUCUAGUCCAAAGGUGCUACAGUUCGUUCCUCCUGAGCUGCAGAAGGAAGCCCUGGAGAUUGUGAAGAGCUCGCCCGAGGCCGUGCUGCAGCUGGAAAGGUCGGAGACCGUGGCGGGCAUCGUCAUCCGAGCGGAGAAGGAGAUCGAACGCAUGGAUGAGCUGGCGUCUUCUAGAAGGCACAUGCAGGUGGCUGAGAAGACCCAGGAGAGGCUCCAACAAGCCAUCGAGCUGAUGAAGAGCGUGCGCCCGCACGUGGCCACCCAGAAGCCCAAGCAGGCGCUGAGGCUCUUGCUGCUGGCCCUGCAUGCCUUGUUCGAGCGCAUGCAGGACCCGACAGCGAUCUCAGAAGCUCGCAGGGCAAUUGAGAAGCAGUUCAACUCCGUGACAGAAGAUCAGAAGCAGGACUAUGUGGACGUGCUCUUGGACAGAGAGGUGGCAUUGAACGCGUCCUUGAAGAGCUCUCUCUUCAGUUGCGUUGUAGCAUACAAGUCUGAGCUGGACAAGAAGGCGGUUCAGAUAGACGUGGUGUCCAGCGUGCCGGUGGCUGCGGUGCGGCGGUACAGCCUCUCCGCCAGCCCCACCAAGUCUGAGCCCCGGGACAACAAGCGCACCGCCACGGCGGCGGCGCAGCUCGCGCGGAUCGACAUCGAAGCCCUGCCAGAGUGACUAGGUCCAGCGAAUGGUGGCCUUUCUCACCGUCUGUUUUGGUUGGGAGGGUUCCCCU